AGCCAGGGCCCGGCACGCUCCCCCAGAGCCCGCCGCCCGCACCCUCUCCUGUCCCUCUGCCCGCCUGGCCAGCGCCCGGCUGCCGGCCCGUGGAUGAGCCACAGGACCUCCUCCACCUUCAGAGCGGAGAGAAGCUUCCACUCCUCCUCGUCCUCGUCCUCCUCAGCCUCCCGUGCCCUCCCGGCCCAGGACCCGCCCAUGGAGAAAGCCCUGAGCAUGUUUUCGGAGGAUUUUGGCAGCUUCAUGCGGCCCCGCUCAGAGCCCCUGGCCUUCCCAGCCCGGCCCGGGGGACAGGGCAACAUCAAGACCCUCAGGGACGCCUAUGAGUUUGCGGUGGACGUGAGUGACUUCUCACCUGAAGACAUCAUCGUCACCACCUCCAACAACCAAAUCGAGGUGCGGGCUGAGAAGCUGGCAGCUGAUGGCACAGUCAUGAACACCUUCGCUCACAAGUGCCAGCUGCCUGAGGACGUGGACCCCACUUCAGUGACCUCGGCGCUGCGGGAGGACGGCAGCCUCACCAUCCGGGCCCGGCGCCACCCGCACACGGAGCAUGUCCAGCAGACCUUCCGGACGGAGAUCAAAAUCUGAGGGUCUCCCCCUCCCCGUCCCCUCCCAUUUCCCCUCUUCUGCCCCCACUGGCCUGCCAGAGACGUGUUCCUCACCCCUCAUGACAGCUUGCAGGACAUCUCAGCUCAAGUUCCAGGCCCUGAGGUGGGUCACCCCCUAUCCCCCCGCCCCGCUAAACAGAGGCCUUCUGCUCUCCAGGGCAGGCCAGGGAACCUUUUGCCUCACCGAUGGCCCCCAGAUUCCAGAUGUGGCCUCUUUCACUGAAUCCGGAAUAAAGGGAUUUAGAUGGAAAAGGAAGCUCCCAGAGAACCCACUUUGGGGAAGGGGGACAGGGACAGGCACGAUCCCCAGGCAAAAAAUCUGCAGGACAGACAGACAAAUCCUUUGAUCUCUGGAGUUGCAGGGCAGGAGCAGAGGGGACAGGGACCUGGGGCCCCCUUGGCCAAGGGGAGCAGGGGAAGCAAAGGCAGAUAUUAGGCAAAGCUGCUGAUCCGAGCCAAACCGCACAGGGAAGCCGGAGGGGACAGCCACGGCGGGGACCCUCCCCUCUGCCAUGCCCUAUGCCCCAAGCCCCAAGUCUGCUGCCGGGCUGCCUGCCUGUUUCUCCCACCGGCCAGCUAUGCCCGGGGGGGGGGGCGGGGGCACACAAUGUCUGUAUAUCGCUGGGGUUUUUCCAAUACACCUGGUCGGUGAUAAACUGCACAACAGCCCCGCCCCCCUUACCUGUUUGUGCCCUCCAGCAAGGCCUCCCUGCGGGGUGGGGCUGCCUUCCUCCCGCUCAGAGACUCCCCCUGCAGACGGGUCACCCAGCUGAGGCGGGAGACAGCAUGGACAGGACCUUGGGUCUUCAAGGUUGGGCCCCAGCUUCUUGUCACCCUUCCCCUGUGGCCAGUCACCUCCCCCACCCUUCUCCCUCUUUAAUGGAUGAAUCUAUAGGCUUGGUGUGUGUAUAUACCCCACACGGGCCCAUGGCCCUGUCCUUCAAAUACUGAGCGAUACUGUUAUCUAAGUCUGAAUUCAGCAAAUUCAGAAAUCAGAUUUUGCCAUCUCUACUUUUAUCAAAAGGGAAACUGAGUCUCUGAACAGUUGAAAGCCCAGCUCACUCAUUAAAGGCUGGAUUUGAACCCAG